AUGAUUUUCUGGGCGUUAGGGGAAGGAGAGCGGCGUCCUGUCACCUGCUGGAGAGCUUUGAACCAGAAUCUGAUGUGCUGCUUUGAACCGCGGCAUCGCAGACGGGAAGUGGUCCUGCAGAAGCCAGUCCCUUCAGGUGUACACGCCGUGGGCGGCGAGCUCCCCUGCCCCGGCUCGUCCCUGGGCCCCCGCGGCGGGCGCCGCAGGUCGGCCGAGCGGGGCCCGGGCCGCGCGGGGCGUCACAGGCACUCGCAGCCCGCGGCGCAGCAGCCUGGCCGGCACACGCACACUCGCACGCGCACGCCGCACGCGGGCUUGGCGCGGCCCUCGGCGCGGGCGGGCUGCGGGGCGCGCGGGGGCGGCGCGGGGCGCGGGCGCGGGGCGCGCGGGGGCGGCGCGCGGGGGCCCGCGUGGUCGGCGCCCAUCCUCCGUUCGGCUCCGCAGGUCUGGGCGCUGGCGGCCGGCGUGCUGCUGGCGCUGGCGCUGGCGCCGGGCCGGGCGGGCGCCCCGAGGACCAGCAGGCGGCCGGCGCGGCCGCGGGGCUGCGCGGACCGGCCCGAGGAGCUCCUGGAGCAGCUGUACGGGCGGCUGGCGGCCGGCGUGCUCGGCGCCUUCCAGCACACGCUGCAGCCCGGCCCGCGCGAGCAGGCGCGCAACGCCAGCUGCCCGGGGGGCCGGCCCGACCGCCGCUUCCGGCCGCCCACCCCGCUGCGCAGUGUGUCGCCCUGGGCCUACAGGGUCUCCUACGACCCCGCCCGCUUCCCGCGCCUGCUGCCGGAGGCCUACUGCCUGUGCCGCGGCUGCCUGACCGGGCCGCGCGGCGAGGAGGACCUGCGCCUGCGCAGUGCGCCCGUGCUGCUGCCCACCGUGGUGCUGCGCCGCACGCCGGGCUGCGCGGGCGGCCGCGCCGUCUAUGCCGAGGAGUACGUGGCCGUCCCCGUGGGCUGCACCUGCGUGCCCGCGCCCGGCAGCGACGACCCCGACGUCAAGGAGCGGCCUCGGGACCCGCAGCGGGACCCCGCCCGCGCCCCCGGCUCCUCCUAGCGGAAGCCGGCGCACGGGGACAGGCCCACUGCGUUGUGCGCGAGGGACACGCUGCUGGGAUGCGCAGGUCACAGCCUCCACACCUGAGGAGGUGAUAGACGGAUGCUUUUUAAGUCAUUUAAGAGAAUGUAUACCUACUUGUUUCCAAUCGGGACAGAAGCUAUUUUUAUCAGCAAUUUUGAGCUAUUCCAUUAAAAUUUUGUAACAUUUUGUAAACAUUCAGUCUUCACUUCGUUUGCUAGGAUUUUAGCACACUUGUAGUCCUCAGAUAAAGUCUUUCAGCUGGCGCUGCUGUCUGGGACCCUGAAGCCAGCCAGUCCCCAACUGCUGGCACAACUCGAGGCCCAGGGCUAAACUUGCCCCAGCCUGUCCCAGUCUCCACCAGCUGCUCCCGGCGUAAAAGGAAGCGCAGGAAGCACCCCACACAGAUCCCAGGAAUCUCGUUUGGUUUUCACGAGUAUGUCAAUGCCACAGAUUUAUACAAUUUUUUCUUCACUUGAAAGUCAGUGGGGCCAAUUUGUGAAUGAGACCACGUGUGACGUGGGUUGUGUGUCGUGUUUGCUAGACCUAGGAAGAACCCAAGUCAGGGCUCGUUUUAAGUACUUGGGAAAUCGCCACGAGGAGAAAGGGGGCCAACUUUGUCUGUAUUGCAAUGUGAGCUGAAUCCUGACUCUUUUGGCCCAAGUCUGUUCCUGAACACGGUGAUUUGUAAAAGUGAGUUGUUUUUAAAUCAUUAAAACGACUGUGAAGGUCUGCUGCUUUUGUGCAUCCCUGGGCUCAGCUCUGAUGAGCCGACUGAGUGUUAGGGGAAGUGUGUGUUGAUUAAGGUCUUCACAUUAUCGUAAUUUCAUGGUGGAAGUUUAAGAUUUGCUUUGGUCUUAGAUCCACUAGUCACAUAAAGUGAAUUGGCUCUUUGCUCCUGUGACACCAAACCAAGCUUGAGAAGUGCCCUUUACAUCCUUCACCCCAAGCUUCAGCUGCCACAGACAUGAUGCAGCUUUGGCCUCCCACUUUACUGUCCCUUAAUGUGACCUGGAAAGAGGGUACUAACUGUUGACAGAAGUUGUGCAUGAAACACACUGCUGAGCAAAUCCGGAUUGCCCAAAUAGAUAAACUAACAUUGAAGGUGAUAGCUGUGGAUAGUUGUGUACAGUUUGGGAAAGUUGGCCAAACUGUUCAAGCUCUUUAAAAAAAGAGGUAUACCUAGCAGGUAUAUCUGGAAUACAUUCUCACCCAGAAACAGAGUCAGAGCGACUUUCUGUUGGCAGUUUAGAUCAGCAACAACAAAUCUGUAAAUUACAAAGAAAAACUGUCCUUCACACUGGUGAUUUGGUGGUGGCUUCAAUUACCACUAUUGUGUAACAUUUCCUAGCCACUCCUCAAAUAUACAUAGUGCAAACAUCAGGAGAGCACACUGUUUGCAUGGAGAAAAAUGUCGCUUUUAUUAAAUGUAUUAUUAGUUUAAACUUAGUUUGUUUAAAAGGUAGCACAUUCCCAAUGGAAGAAACCGGCCUGAACUCUUAAGACGUACCACUAUUUGUGUUUUUUCUCUGAAUGGCGCCCUCACCCACUUAAUCACUUCUGUUGAGCACUUGCCCUCAGCCAGCUCUGACCACACGUCGCAUUCGGCUGGAAAUGGGACCUGCAAUGGCUGUCAGCUGGCUGUGCUGCCCCCGGCGCAUAGAUUGCUGCUCCUCUGGCACCGUGACGCCCACACACCCACAAGCACCUGGCACAGCUCCAGCACUGUCCCAGUGAUCCAUGAGCUACGGUGACAAUAAAUAGCAAGCUGUUCAUCCUC